CAGUUAUACGACAGACGGCCGCAAGUGCAAAGUGAUAGAGGCGAGGAAAUCGGAAUAGAGUGCGCACGAUAAGGGAACACCCAGUGGGCGUAUCUUAGCAACGCCCACCUCAAAAGCUUUGCAUCCUCACUCCCUUUCGUUUGCUUCACCCCCUCCUCCACUCCUCGCAUCCAAUUCUCUCUCCCUCUCUCUCAUUUUCUUUUCCAAUCUCGAUUUCCCCGGGAAACGAACAGUAGUUAAAAAGAAGAAAGAAUAAAAAGCUUGUAACAGCGAGUUUUAUUUCUUCUAUUCCCGAACCUUCGUUUCCCGUAGACCUCUCUAUCUCUCUCUCAUUCCGCCAUUUUCUUUGUUAUUGAGCUUCUUCCAGAUUGGAUUUUCUCAAUCCUUCUUGGUGCUUCUCUGCUGUUCGUUCUUUUACCUGCAAUGAAAAGUUUUACAGAAAGUGCUUGAAAUUAGGGUUUCUUGGUUUGUGGUGGAGCUGGUUGAAGAUGGUGAUUCCGUGGGGUGGACUCAGUUGCUGUUUGAGUGCAGCUGCUCUUUACGUUCUUGGAAGGAGUAGUGGAAGGGAUGCGGAGAUUCUUAAGACGGUUACUCGGGUGAAUCAGUUGAAGGAAUUAGCACAAUAUUUGGAUGAUGGGUGUAUAUUACCUUUGGUUGUCACGAUUUCUGGAAGAGUUGGUUCUGAGACCCCAAUCAGCUGUGAGUUCAGCGGUUUACGGGGUGUAAUUGUAGAGGAAACGGCAGAACAACAUUUUUUGAAGCACAAUGAUGCUGGCUCAUGGAUACAGGAUUCUGCUUUGAUGCUAUCCAUGAGUAAAGAGGUUCCAUGGUAUCUGGAUGAUGGAACUGGCCGUGUACAUAUAGUGGGAGCUCGAAGUGCAUCAGGUUUUGCAUUACCAGUUGGAAGUGAGGUGUUUGAAGAGUCAGGAAGAUCCCUUGUUCGUGGAACAUUAGACUAUCUUCAAGGCCUAAAGAUGCUUGGAGUCAAGCGAAUUGAACGAGUUCUUCCAACUGGUACUUCCUUGACUGCUGUUGGUGAGGCUGUCAAAGAUGAUGUUGGAACAAUUCGGAUUCAACGGCCCCAUAAAGGACCAUUUUAUGUUUCUCCCAGACCUAUUGAUCAGCUCAUAGCAAAUCUUGGGAAGUGGGCAAGAUGGUACAAGUAUGCAUCUAUGGGUUUGACAGCGUUUGGUGUUUAUCUCAUUGCUAAACGCGCUUUCCAAUAUAUCAUGGAAAGAAGGCGACGGUGGGAGUUGCAGAAAAGGGUUCUGGAUGCAGCUGCCAAGAGAUCAGGGCAAGAUAAUCAAGAUUUAAAUGAAAAGCCUGACAACGAAACAGAUGGUGCCAAAAGAGUAAUGCCAGAUAUAUGUGUCAUAUGUCUUGAGCAGGAGUACAAUGCCGUUUUUGUCUCGUGCGGUCAUAUGUGCUGUUGUAUAACAUGCUCUUCGCAAUUGACCAACUGUCCUCUUUGCCGGCGACGAAUCGACCAGGUAGUGAAGACAUUCCGCCACUGAUGUAAAGGCCUAAACUGAUCUUCUCUACAUGGACUAAAAAAAAGAAACUGCAUUUAGCCUUCACUACAGCUUUCUCUGUUAGCAUGUUUGAAAUCUACUUCUGUUUGGAGAAAUAUUCCCAACAUGAUUACAUUGUAAUUUUGGUCCUUGAUGAGUGUCUUGUUGGGAUGUUCUGA